CAAAAUUUUCUUUUUGUUUUUUUACAAAAUAUAAAAUAUUUUCAAUUAAUUUUUCAACGUGGAUUAUAAAUAAAUAUUUUCCAUAAAAAAAAAAAAAAAAUAUUGUAAAUUGUUUUAAGAGAAUUUAAAAUCUUUGAAUGAAAAAUUGCAAAAACAAAGAAAAAAAAAAAAAAAACUUAAAAAUACAAAAUAAUUAAAAUUAUAAAAAAAAAGUUUUUUUUUUUUUUGUUUUUUAAUUAAACGACAAUAUAUUAAAUCAAGAAGACGAAAAAAAUAUUAUACACAUAAAUAAAUUGAAAUUAUAUACAAUUGGAAAAAACAAAAAUGGAUCGAACGGAUGGUCUUAUACGAAGAGUUAAAACAUCAAAUCAAUCAAAUGAUAAAUAUUCGGAUUCAAAUUCAACAAAAGAUAAUUUAAAUUCACCAAACAGUAAUGAACAAUACGAUGAUGAUAAUAUUGAAGAUUAUGAUUCAAAAGAAACUAGAUUAACAUUAAUGGAAGAAGUUUUAUUAUUAGGUUUAAAAGAUAAAGAAGGUUAUACAUCAUUUUGGAAUGAUUGUUUAUCAAGUGGUUUACGUGGUUGCAUAUUAAUUGAAUUAGGUAUUAGAGGACGUAUUGGUUUAGAAAGUGCUGGUAUGAGAAGACGUGGUUUAUGUUCACGUAAAGUAAUUAUUAAAAGUGAAACAUUAACUGGUGAUGUAUUAUUGGAUGAAGCAUUAAAACAUAUCAAAGAAACUGAACCACCAGAAACAGUUCAAAGUUGGAUUGAAUAUUUAAGUGGUGAAACAUGGAAUCCAUUAAAAUUACGUUAUCAAUUGAAAAAUGUACGUGAAAGACUUGCAAAAAAUUUAGUUGAAAAAGGUGUAUUAACAACAGAAAAACAAAAUUUUUUAUUAUUUGAUAUGACAACACAUCCAUUAAGUGAUAAUGUUACAAAAUGUCGUUUAGUUAAAAAAAUUCAAGAUGCUGUAUUAACAAAAUGGAUUAAUGAUCCACAACGUAUGGAUAAAAGAAUGUUAGCAUUAAUAUUUUUAGCACAUACAAGUGAUGUAUUAGAAAAUGCAUUUGCACCAUUAAAUGAUGAUGAUUAUGAAGUUGCUAUGAAACGUGUAAGAGAAUUAUUGGAUUUAGAUUUUGAAACGGAAUCAACAAAACCGAAUGCAAAUGAAAUAUUAUGGGCUGUAUUUUUGGCGUUCACAAAAUAAAAAAAUUUAAAAAAAAAAAUGAAGCAAAAAAAAAAAAAAUUAAAAGAAAUAAGAGAGAAAAAGAAAAGAAAUUUAUUAAAUAAUUCAAAAAUUCAUUAAAUCAUUUUUUUUU